AGGCGGGGCGGAGGCGUUCGAGGCCGGAGACACGUACAGUUCGAUCAGAACAGUAGCUGCAGCUGUUGUAACCGCGACGGGACGCCUUCUCUGUGGCGGAUUGUGUGUUUUGACGUAGAGAAUUGCUCCUCACCAACUAGUACUAUGGAUGUUUUCAACAGGAACAUAAAUUUUGAUGCCCUCUUCAAGUUCUCCCACAUCUCUGCAUCAACUCAGCAGCACCUGAAGAAGGUCUAUGCCAGCUUUGCAUUAUGUAUGUUCCUAGCGGCAGCUGGUGCUUAUGUCAAUGUGGUAACUCAGCUGGUGCAGUUUGGACUGCUGACUGGCCUGGGAGCAUUAGGCCUUAUGAUUUGGUUGAUGGCCACACCCCACAGCCGAGAAACCGAAGAGAAACGUCUGGCUAUCCUGGCAGGCUUUGCUUUCCUCACUGGAGUCAACCUGGGUCCUCUACUGGAGAUGUGCAUUGCCAUCAACCCCAGCAUCAUCCCAACUGCUUUCCUGGGCACAGCAGUGAUCUUCAGCUGCUUCUCCCUGAGUGCUCUCUUUGCUAAGCGCCGUGCCUACUUGUAUCUAGGGGGCGUCCUUUUCUCUGGCCUGUUCUUGAUGCUGCUGUUCUCCCUGGUCAAUAUUUUCCUGGGCUCAACUUGGCUCUUCACGGCUAAUCUCUACAUUGGACUUAUGGUUAUGUGUGGCUUUGUGCUGUUUGAUACUCAGCUCAUCAUUGAGAAGGCUGAGAAUGGAGACAAGGACUAUAUCUGGCACUGCGUGGAUCUUUUCCUGGAUUUUGUUAACAUCUUCCGGGAGCUCAUGGUCAUCUUGGGCAUGAACGAGGUAGGUCUGCAUGCAUGGGGCCGUCUCUGAUGCACGUCCAUUAGGAUGCACCAUUUCC